UCGGAAGAAGAGAUCGCAAAAGAAAUCAAAGAAAGAAAGAAAAAGGAGCCACAACGCCUAACGGAAUGAGGAUAGCAGGGAUGGACAUCGGAGAUGGAAAUUUGACCCCACAGGAGCGAGAACGUGUGAUAGAAAUCCUGAAGACAUGUGAUAAGGCCAUAGCUUUCAGUGACGCGGAGCGCGGUAGGGUUGACCCUCGAUACGCUAAGCCAGCAAGGAUUUACACGAUACCACAUGUUCCCUGGAAUGACGCAGGAUGGAAAUACGCCCAGAAGGAGAAGGAAGAAGUUAUAGCUUUUGUGAAAGAAAAGAUGGUUUCCCAUGUUGCGGAGCCGUCUGAUAGCGCUUAUGCUAAUCGAUGGUUCUUCCUACGAAAGCCGAAUGGCAAGAUCCGAUGGAUCCAGGACCUUCAGAAGGUCAACGUGGUGACGAUACGAGACGUGGGCUCCGUGCCACACUCCGAUUUACUGGCAGAAGGCGCUGCAGGUAGGUCGAUUUAUUCGGUCUGUAAUCUGUUCUUACGCUAUGAUGAGGUACCGCUUGAUCCUAGGGACAGGCACCUCACGACUAUGCAUAUGCCAUUGGGACUAAUACAGAUGAUGGUUGUCCCUAUGGGUUGGACUAAUGGGGUAGCCGUUUUUCAGAGAGCCAUGGUAGCCGUUCUCAAGGACUUCAUCUCUGAUAAGGUUGAAGUUUUUCUGGAUGACUUUCCUAUAAAAGGGUCAGUAAACAAGGAUGAGACAGAGGUUGCACCAGGAGUUAGAAGAUUCGUCAAGCAGCACCUAACGGAUAUUUGCGAGGUACUCGAGCAGCUGGACGAUGCGAAUUUAACGGUCAGCGGAACAAAGAGCCGAUGGACCGUCUCGACUAUUAAGAUCUUGGGCUUUAUCUGUGACUCGAGAGGACGCCGAGCAGAUAUGGCGAAGUUAGACAAACUCCUGAAUUGGCCGCCACCGUUACAUAGUCCAACCGAGGUCCGACAGUUUCUGGGAGUGGUAUAUUACUGGCGUAUAUUCAUACGGGGGUAUGCGGAGAAGGCUGAGCCAUUGAGGUUACUCCUUCGAAAGACUGGAAAAUUCUACUGGAAUUCCUCGCAGGAACUCGCUAUGCAAGAGCUUAAAGACGAAUUUAAGGAGGGAGGACGCGUACUGGGCGUGCCAUUCUUUGACGAUGAGACCGAGAGACCCUUCAUAGUAUCCACGGAUGCUGGACCGUGUUCGGUAGGUGGAUUGCUGUCUCAGAAGGACGCUGGAGGGAAAGAGAGAUCGUUAAGAUUUGAGAGUAGAACACUUAAUACGGCUGAGCGUAACUACAGUCAAUUCAAGAAGGAAGUGUUAGCUGUUCUGCGGUGUCUAGACACGUUCAGACACCAUAUCUAUGGCCGUCGGUUCAUCCUGAGAGUAGAUCCCACCGCGGUUGCCUCUGUUCUCCAGAAGGACUAUAGCCUGACAGACCCAACCAUUGCAUGAUGGUUAAUACGGAUUCGGCUAUAUGAUUAUACAGUA